GGGGGGAGGUAAACAAGAUGGCGACAACCUGAGAGGCAAGACUAACACGAAGAGUCAGAAAAUUUAAGCGAUAUCUCACUAGACUCAAGUGAAUAAUUUGAUGCAUAAAUAGCCGGCAAGAAAGGAGAAAAACUGGAUUGAACAAGAACAGAAUUCACGCGGAUCAAGGCGCCAGCCAUUUGGACCAGUGGAGGCAUGGAGGAGACCUGAGGAGGGUUUGACACAUCGGAUGGAGCCGGGCUGAUGCCAGAAAUCUGGCUGAAACUGCUGCAUGCGUUUGGCUGUAGAUCUGUGCUUGGACCCAGUCCAGUUGUACACACACGUGUCUCCUGAGAAAACUAUGCUGUGAAGCAUGGACCUUUGACAGAAAUGCUGUGUUGCAUGGCCUUGAAACUGGACUGUUUUCCUCCACCUUAGGCUGUAUGGCAUUAAAUUCAUACAGAGGUGAUCUAGAGUAAAGCUGAGAGGAAUUACAUCAAGGUUAAUUUUAUUUUUCAUUUUCAUUAUUUAUCUGUAAACAUAACGAUAAAAAUCAGUCUUUUAUAACUGCACUUGUCACAAAAGUAAAAUUAUGCAAAGUUUAAGCACUAACUUAGCACUGUACCCAAUUGCUCUCCCACCUCUGUUUUCACCCAUGGAUUGGCCCUAAUGUUUACAAGUUGGGAUUAAUCCCACACCUUCCUCAACUCUCAGGCUCGAUAACUCCCUCUCACAUGUUCAGUAUUCUGUCAUUAAACUGUAUUCCAUCUUGUGGAUUUCAAAUACUCAGCUCGGAACUGAAAGGCUACCAGUGGAUUGCUCUCCAGCAGCAGUCAUAGGUAUUUGCAAACAUUUUUGCUCCGAAAGCAUAAGCUGCGGCUGUGGAACUAGUCAUGAGUACCGGCGAGCUGCAUCAUCUUGACUAUCUUAAUGAAAAUGAACUGAUGGAGAUGGAUACCUUCAUUCAUCGUAUUGACUCUACAGAGGUGAUUUACCAGCCCCGGAGGAAGCGGGCAAAGCUGAUAGGAAAGUACUUGAUGGGGGACCUGCUGGGGGAGGGAUCUUAUGGCAAAGUGAAAGAGAUGCUUGACUCAGAGACACUUUGUCGCAGGGCUGUCAAAAUACUAAAGAAGAAGAAGCUGAGGCGGAUUCCCAAUGGAGAAGCCAAUGUGAAAAAGGAGAUUCAGCUGCUAAGAAGACUCCAACACAAGAAUGUGAUUCAGUUGGUGGAUGUGCUCUAUAAUGAAGAGAAGCAGAAAAUGUAUAUGGUGAUGGAGUAUUGCGUUUGUGGGAUGCAAGAAAUGCUGGACAGCGUCCCAGAAAAAAGGUUUCCAGUAUUUCAAGCUCACGGGUACUUUUGCCAACUCUUAGAUGGCCUUGAAUAUUUGCACAGCCAGGGAAUAGUUCACAAAGACAUUAAACCAGGGAAUCUGCUGCUGACCACAGAUGGCGCACUUAAGAUCUCCGACCUGGGAGUAGCAGAGGCCCUUCACCCAUUUGCAGAGGAUGACACAUGUCGCACCAGUCAGGGCUCUCCGGCUUUCCAGCCUCCAGAGAUUGCCAACGGACUUGACACCUUUUCAGGGUUUAAAGUGGACAUUUGGUCCGCUGGAGUAACACUAUACAACAUUACAACUAGUCUGUAUCCGUUUGAGGGGGACAACAUCUAUAAGCUAUUUGAGAACAUUGGAAAAGGUGACUACACUAUCCCAGAGGAGUGUGGACCCCUCCUGUCAGACCUGCUGCGAGGAAUGCUUGAGUACGACCCUGCGAAAAGAUUUUCCAUACAGAACAUAAGACAACACAACUGGGUGCGUAAGAAACACCCUCCGUCUGAGCCCCCUGUGCCCAUCCCUGCCAGUGCAGAGAGCAGAGAUCCGUGGCGGAGUAUGACAGUGGUGCCAUACCUGGAGGAUCUGCAUGGCUACACAGAGGAGGACGAUGAUGAGCUAUAUGACGGAGAGGAUGAGAUCAUUUACACUCAGGACUUCACAGUGCCAGGACAAGUGGCGGAAGAAGAUCUGGAUCAGGGGCAUGCAGACCACAGUCCACCUCUAGCCAAACCAGUUUGUGUGAAUGGCACAGAAGGCGGAGCUCUGAACAGCAAGGCCAAAGCCGAGCGCAGAUCCUCCUCGUCAUCCAACCCUUCGCGUAAAGGAGUCUCCACAGCCAGCAAGAUCCGCAAGCUCUCCACCUGCAAACAGCAAUGACCCCCUCUGCUCUCACCCUCAACAAAAUCCCACCUGGUUGAUCUGUCCCUGUCCUUCUGUGUCCAGAGUCCACACAGUUGUGAGAGAAACCUGCUGACGUUAAUGCCCCCGUACCUCCUUGGACCGCUGGUCUGCGGAGCCUUUUAAAGAGGCAGUGAAAGUAACGGGCAGGAGGAGGACAGCAUGAAAUAUUCUUUUUGCUCUGAGACUGAGGCACUGGCUGUGAAGAUGUCUUUUUUUCUCCCAUACUUUGGCUCCUAUCAACUCCUAUCAUCCAAUUCUGUCAUCUAGUCUCCCUCUCGCUCCUCUCAUGAGGGCGAAGAGCUGCACCGGACUUUACAGACACCAUCACCCAUGUACCCCACCCAUCCAUAUACCCCCUCUCCUCCAUCUUCUGUUUCUUUGACUUCCUUUGUUUUUACAGAACCCUAAUGGCAGUUUUUAAGACACAUUGUGAUGUGUAAAAAAUUAAAGAGGAAAAAAAAAUGACAAAGGUUAUGAAUAAUUCUAUAUUUAGGUCAAUGAUGAGAAGAAUUAUGAUAGUACUCUACAACCACCAACAUAAAAAACUGCAUGCUGUACAGAGCUGGAAGAAAGGGAAAGUAUUUGGUUUAUGAACGGACUGGCUGACUGAAGAUCCACCACCGCUGGCCUGUUGGGGAUUUUUGAUUUCCAUUUAGUUUUUUUUUCUUUUUUUCCAAUGAAUCUUUUUUAAUUAUUAUUUAUAUAAAAUAUGUCCC